AGAGUUUCACGUUCUCUCUCCAUUCGGCAUAUAAAUAUCUCGCAGACGUUUGUUACACAUUUAGUGUGCAUCGAAACUUCGAAGAGCGAUUUUAACAAAAAAGUAAAAAAUGUUUAAAAAACUCUCAUUGUUGGCAUUCGCUCUGCUGUUAGUAAUACAGUUUACUACGUGCUUACCGAGACCAACUUCUUCGGAAUCGGAGGAGGAUAAUACCAUUCCACAUGGUACAUCAACAGUAACGCCAUCUCUCGGUGAAAACGCCGUGCCAAAUGGACGCAAGCGGCUGGAAGCGAGUAUUUACAAAAACUUUGAAAACUUUUUAAAUUUCCGUUUGGAACGCACCAAUAAAAUAGCGCAAGAUGUGCUAGCCGAUCCCUCCAUGAACAGUAUCGCCAGUCCGGCUAUGGAGGAAGAAAAAAAUGUACUUAGGAAAUAUGUGAAGGACUCUAAGGAGGCGUUAUUAGCGGUGCUGCCUGCCGAUAAGAAUGAUCAACACAAUCGUUUCUUCUUUGCAAUCGGUAAAGAUUUUGUGCUUGAAAAUUUCAACAGCUUUAAUCGCAGACGUGCCUCAAAGACGGAGCAGCUAACACCGGAGCAACAGGUCUCCUGGAAUGCUUUAAAGAAACAUGGCGUACUCGAAUACUCUGAAGAGAUGGAUAAACGUACAAACGACUUCGCUAAACAAAUAGUAGAUGAUUUCGAUGAUUAUAUGAAAGCACUCUCAACGGUUGAAAAAGAGAAGGAAAAGGAGAUGGUGGAUGUUUGGGAUGCGUAUAAAAAGAAUGAGAUUGGAUUGGAUAAAGUUGAAUUUGGACAAAAUUUGUUCGGUGCACUAUUCAAAUAUGACUCUAAGGCAUAAUCAUAAUAAAAUUUACAAAGGAUGAACAAUUUAAUUCGUGAUAUGUUCUUCUAUGUAUAUAUUGUAUAAGAAUAUUGAGGAUUGGUUUACAAAUGUAAAUUGCAUUUUGGUAAAUUGCUAAAUAAAAGAAAAAUAUAAAUUCUGGA